AUGGCUCCCAAAACCACAUCUAUCCCUCCCUUCCAGGAGUCAUCGCUCGCCAGCAUCUCUGAGGAUGUUGCUGUUUUACGGGCCACGUACAUGACAAACCGCACCAAGGAUAUCCAAUACCGCCUCAAGCAGCUUCGAAAGCUCUACUGGGGUCUCAUUGACUAUACCCCACUCCUGGAAGAAGCCCUCAUCAAGGACAUUGGCAAAGUUCCUCAUGAGGCUGCCUUGAGUGACAUCGGCUGGGCUGUCAAUGAGUGCAUGGACUUCAUCGCCCAUCUGGAGAAAUGGGCCAAGGACGAGAAGGUCGUGAACACACCCCUUACAAUGAGCGUGGUCAAGCCUCGCAUCAGGAGCGAACCGCUUGGUGUUGUCCUGGUCAUGGGAGCCUUUAACUUCCCUGUCCAGUUGUCCAUUACUCCCAUGAUCGGCGCCAUCGGUGCUGGAAACGCUGUUCUGUUGAAGCCAUCCGAGAACGCGCCAAACACCGCCAUGGUACUGACCAAACUCAUUGAAGAGUACCUAGACCCCGACUGCUAUCGAUGUGUGAAUGGCUCUUUGGCCCUCACACAGGAGAUUCUCAACCAAAAGUAUGACAAGAUCUGCUUCACCGGAAGCAAGAAGGUUGGAACCAUCAUUGCCAAGAAGGCUGCGGAGACUCUGACUCCCGUUCUGCUCGAGCUGGGAGGGCAAAACCCAGCCUUCAUCUCCAAGAAUGCCAACCUGAAGCUGGCUGCUCGACGACUUCUUUGGGCCAAGACGCACAAUGCCGGCCAGGUCUGCGUCUCUCAAAACUAUGCCCUUGUUGAGAGGAAUGUCGUGCCACAGUUCAUCGAGGAGUUGAAGAAGAGCUACAAGGACUUUAUGCCACAAGGAGCCAAGGCGAGCCCCGACUAUGCCCGCAUCAACAACAAGUCUAGCUUUGACCGCUUGAAGAAGAUGCUCGACUCUAGUGGAGGCAAGAUUGUCUUGGGUGGCUCCAUGGACGAAUCCGAGCUUUUCUUUGAGCCAACAGUGGUGUUGGUUGAGGAUCCUAAUGACAUCUUGAUCACUGAAGAGACAUUCGGUCCAAUCUGGUCUAUUUUCCCCGUUGACUCGGUCGACCAGGCAAUUGACCUUGCAAAUAAGGUUGACCGCACCCCACUAUCCCUCUACACUUUUGGCAGUGACGCAGAGAAUGCAAAAGUGCUGACCAGCGUCACCUCCGGAGGCGCAACAACCAACGACGGCUAUACACACUCGUCCGUGGCCCAGGCACCCUUUGGCGGCGUGGGCUCCUCGGGGACGGGCAGCUACCACGGCUACUAUUCCUUCAAGGCCUUUAGCCACCAGCGGGCGAUUGCCACGGUGCCAGCGUGGGCGGACGCGUUCCUCCGGGUUCGCUACAUGCCCUACUCCAACAGCGAGCUGAGGCGCUUCAAGGGCAUGACCACCGCGAAGCCCAACUUUGACCGCGAUGGCAACGUCACCAAGGGUCUAGGUUACUGGCUCGGCUUCGUGUUCGGCCUCGGUGGCAGCAGUGCCAAGAGCGCUGUUUUGAGGUGGGGACUCCUGAUCACUCUUGCUAUUUCUUUGGGGCUGAAGAGAUCGUCUCUAGGCCUGUAG